AUGGCCCAAGCGAGCUUGCCUCGAAGGACGCUUGAGCUCCCUAAGGUCGAGUCCGAGAUCCAUUUUCUUCAGAGGAGCAAUCUGUUCGGGACGGAGAAGCCCUACGCCUUCAGAUACCAUGUCGACGCACCCGAAGUCCAGCAGACCAAUAUGACCAUGAGCCCGGCCCUGGUAACCAUAAGAAACAUCAGGGGGUUUGAGCAUCACUUCUCACUGGAGUCGACCGGCUUCGAGGUCAUAGACGUGGGCGAGACCAUACCUUACGAGUCCUUCUUUGACGGUGCCGCUGUUGAGCUGUAUCUUAGGGGGCUCGAGAGGCUACUAAAGUCGCGCCUCGGGGCCUUGCAUGUCGAGGUCUUUAGAUAUGGUAUUCGCAAACGCCAUCCGGAAUUCCCCGUCUCAACCGGGUCCAAGUACGAGUAUGACCAACCAACGUCUGUAGCUCAUAUAGACACAACCGUCGACGAGAUGCUCGAUUAUGUUGAGCGCUUCCCUCUAGAGAAACGGGAACUUUUCCAGGGACGGAGAUGUCAGUGGCUCAACGUGUGGAAGCCGCUCAGGGGCCCGCUCCAUGACUGGCCGCUCACGUUCUGCGACGCCGCCGACAUCGAGCCGGACGUGGACCUCGCCUCCGCCGACCUCCUCUAUCCCGACCUCGCCACGGAGAACUACCAGGUUUACCAUCGGGAUACCUACGAUUGGUAUUACCUCGAUGGCCAGACCGCGUCCGAGGCUAUCGUCUUCCUCCAAGCGGACAGUAAGGAUGGCGCAAUAGCAGGUGUCCCGCAUUGUUCCUUCUACAACCCGGCAGCUCCACCGGACGAAAAACCGAGAGAAAGCAUUGAGACUAGGCUACUUGUGUGUUACGAGACCUAA